AUGGCUGAUUACAAGAUUUUACACCUGCGAUAUGCCUCUGAAGGAUACACAUCAGACAAGUACAAAGCAGAGCGUAAAGUUGUUCAUCAGCGCUGUGCUGAUAGACUUCUGCGUCUUUGUCGGCUAAACACUGGUAUUUAUUGCAAAGCAGGACAGCAUGUUGCUUCUCUCACAUAUAUUGUCCCUCAAGAGUACACUGAUACGCUUUCAGUCCUUCAGGAUCGGGCACCCUAUAAAAGCAUGAAGGAAGUUGAACAAGUUUUUUUGGAAGAAUUUAAUCAACGGCCAUCGGAUCUGUUUCGAGAGUUUGCUCCUGAACCCAUGGCAGCAGCCAGCUUAGCCCAGGUUCAUCGUGCGGUUACCAUGGAUGGACGACUAGCAGCAGUCAAAGUGCAGUACAACAACGUUUCUCGUCUCUUCUUGACUGAUAUGUGGACUAUGCAAACGCUUUCAGACAUGGUGGGCUGGCUAUUCCCUGAAUUUGAGUUAAGUUGGAUUGUAGAGGAAUUCCGUCAAAAUCUCACAUCUGAAUUUGAUUUUACAAAUGAAGCCAGGAAUGCUGAGGCAACAAAAGAGAGAUUUAGGAACCGAUCUGACUUUUAUAUUCCUGAGAUAUACUGGGACUUGUCUUCAAAAAAGAUCUUGACAAUGGAGUUUAUUAAUGGUAUUAAAGUCAAUGAUGUUGAGGGCUUGCACAAGCUAGGUGUAUCACCCAAAUGGGUUCGUAAUACGCUCCUCGAAGUAUUUGCAGAAAUGAUCUAUCAUCAUGGCGUUGUACAUUGUGAUCCACAUCCUGGUAAUAUCCUUAUCACAAAAGACAACUUUACUGGGAAGUGUCGCUUUGUAUUACUGGAUCAUGGACUAUAUAGAACACUAGAUGAAGGUUUCCGGUUCAACUAUUGUCAAAUGUGGCGCGCCUUAAUCCUCAACGAUUUUAAGCUGCUGAAUCGCUCUUCCAUUGCAAUCGGGAUUCCUGAAGAAUAUAUUGGGUUCAUCCCCCUUAUCUUUAUCCAACGUCCCGUCAACUCAGCUCAAAAGAUUGGAGAAAGUAUGACCGCUGAACAGAAGCAGGAAGUUCGGUCCACGAUGAAGAAUGUAACUAUGGCUGACUUCUUUGAAUUCCUGGAAGUCUUGCCACGUGAUAUGUUGCUGGUCUUUAGGACCAUCAAUCUUACACGAGGUAUUCAUAAACAACUCGGUGGUGAGAAUGUGGAGCGAUUUCAUGUCAAUGCCAUGUAUGCCACUAAAGGAAUCUGGUCAGAGACUCGUAUUGAGGAGCAAGAGCGACGAAGGAGACGAGAACAGCGGAAACAAGAUCGAUUGAAUGGUCGCUGGGGACGUUUAGCGUCAUGGUGGUAUGGUGUGGAGGAUAAUUGGGAUGAGAAUAGUUCAGCAGCCACGCGAGCAUAUGGUAGACAGCUUGGAAUAGGCCCUAGGAAUCGAUUUUACUUAUUCGGAGACGCACCGACACUGUCGCGUAGUGUGGGAUAUCUCUGGGAUAGUUUCUGGAUGCGAUGGCGAUUAUGGGCGGUGGAGGGUCUUCUUCGGAUAUGGAUCUGGUGGGCAGGCAAGGAUGUAGCUAAAGUGAUGAAUUAG